AUGUCUUUCAGACGGGCACCUUUUGUGAACCUGGCUCUCACAUUGUUGCCGUUGGUUGUGGUUGAUGACCAUCCUUACGUCGCUGACUCGGUGUGCGACUGCUAUUUGACCAACACGUCGGAGAGCUACUUCACCAGCCACUUAUUCUUCGACUUCCGCAACCUCAGUCAAUACGCUGGGGUUCCAGACGUGCUCACUGACUGGGAUGCGAGUGCCAACGCCAAUACGACGUCCGACUACUUCAACUCUGACGCAUGGAAUGCGAUAUGGGGUAUUCAGAACUGGAACAACACAAAUCUUAAGGGAAAAGACGGCAACGAUGCCACGAUUAACAUGGUUAACUCGCCAAACAACAUUUACAUUGAGAAAAACAACGACAAUGACGCAACCUCUGACACUUUUAUGAGCAUGCGCACUGUUCGCCUUGAGGACUUCCAGACCUCUGCCGAGGUGGAGUCGGUCUCGAUGGGAUACCAUUUCGUAUCCGUCCGCAUGCUCGCCCGCACACUCGGCGACCCAGGCGCGUGUACAGCGCUCUUCACCUACCGCGAAGCCGACACGUACGCCGACGUGCAAGAGGCCGAUAUUGAGGUCCUGACCAAGGACCCCGACGACCGCAUCCAGUACACCAACCAGCCAUCCUUUGACUCGAGCGGCAACACCAUUGAAAAAUCGACGCAGAAUGGCACCAUGCCCAAGGGCACAUCGUGGCGCGACUGGGCCGUCCACCGCCUGGACUGGGACUCCAAGGAUAGCACCUGGCUGGUGGACGGCUCCGAGACGUCGAGCAUCUCUUUCCAGGUGCCCCGCGAUCCCAGCCGCGUCAUGCUCAACUCGUGGAGCGACGGCGGAUCGUGGUCCGGCGUCAUGGAGGUCGGGCACUCGGCCGUCCUGCAGAUCCAGUGGAUCGAGAUGGUGUUCAACUCCACGGAGUCGUCCUCCAAGCGCGACGUAGUCAAUAACUACCACCAAGCCGGACUCGGUCCCAGAGGUCACCUGGAUCGCCGUCGCGGCGAGGGCAAGUGUCAAGUCGUGUGCAGUAUCGAUUCUUCCAACACCAUCGGCGAGGCCGUCAUGCUGCACAAUGGAACGGCGCCCGGACAACUGCUGGGCCAGUCUAGCGCCAUGGCAUUCUGGUUGCCUGUGGCGCUGAUGUCGGCCAUGUUCUACCAACUGUGGUCGUGA